GAGGCGAGGGAAUGAACAGGAAAAGACUUGUUUGAAAGGUGGCUAGAAGAAGGGUGCGAUCGAGACGCAGAGUGCUGCUCGUCAGCGAAAACCGCCGACCGUCUUGCCAACAAAACCAGGUCAUCUCACGUCACCGUGCCACUCGCCACUGCGUGCCUGUAAUAGCAAAGUAUUUCCCGACUUUGUCUCCGGACCUACCUGGUCCUUGCUCGCAUACACACCUGACUCUAUAAGUUAGAGAAGCAGAAGGACUGAAGUGAAGGAGAGACUCGUGGCGGUUGCUUGUUUAUCGGUGUAUUCAAGUGGCUGUGGAGUUUUGUCCUUCAAAGCUGGCAAGUCAAAGUAACGGUGCAGCUAGACAGUCAGUGAACUCAGUGACUGGUGCACCGGGCACGAGACGCCGAGCCUCGGGUAAGGACUCAUUCCAGACAGGGUUAGUGGGCGAGCUCCAGGUAGUCUAUUCAACGCUCAGUGCCUGCCGGAGAACUAAAGCCAAGGCCACUGUCUGAGCCGGCAGCUGCCAUGGCAACGCAACGAAAAGCGCAGUCGGCGCAGGGCGACGUCGCCAACGUCAACAGCGGCGUGGUGAACUUCCUGCUGGAGCUGGCAGACUACGAGAAGAACGUGAAUCGUCACGUGCACAAGUACAACGUGUACCGUAAGGCGGCGCACACCAUCGCCAAAUGUGCCACGGCCAUCGGCAGCGGGGCCGAGGCACAGAAGCUGGACGGCAUCGGCGACAAGAUCGGCAAGAAGAUCGACGAGUUCCUCGCCACCGGCAAGCUGCAGAAGCUGGACAAGAUCCGCGCCGACCCACGCAACGCCGCCAUCGCCGAGCUGACCGGCGUGACGGGCAUAGGACCUGCGGCGGCUGCACAGCUCGUCAAGGACGGCAUCACCAGCGUAGCUCAGCUACGCCAGCACACCGACAAGCUCAACCAUCACCAGCGCAUUGGCCUCCAGCACAACGAGGACUUCAAGGAGCGUAUACCGCGCACCGAGAUGACUCACAUGGAGGUCAUCCUGCUGGCCGCCGCCAAACGAGUCGACCCGCAGUUGACCGCGACCAUCUGUGGCAGCUAUCGUCGCGGCGCGAAGAGCAGCGGCGACGUGGACUGCCUGAUCGCGCACCCGUCGUUCACGUCUGUGUCCUCACCGGCUAAAUCCAAGCAGCCCAACUCUCCACUGCAUCAGCUCGUGCGCGAGCUCAAGGCGCAGGGCUUCAUCACGGACGAGAUCUCGCAUGGUGAAUCAAAGUUCGCUGGCGUCUGUCGCCGCCCGCUGAAAGCAAGCAAACGAUCCUCCUCUGCCGCUGCUGCUGCGGAUUCCGCUGGGGCUGCGCCAACAUCAUCAUCGGGUAGCAGCAGCGUUGCAAAGAAGCCCAAACUCGAAAGCGCCGAUAGCAGUGCCGAUGCAGACAACACAGCCACGCCGAGUGGUAGUGCAAGCGUGAAGCAGGAAUCCGGCGCUGACACGACAACAACGGCUGCAUCUGCCGUGACGAGCGUAAAGUCCGAGGCGAGCAACACACACGCGAGCAGUAGCAACGAGGAUGAUGAGAUUCGCCGCUUUCGUCGUCUUGACCUGCGACUGAUACCACACGACCAGUACGCCUGCGGCAUUCUGUACUUCACAGGCUCAGACAUGUUCAACAAGCAGAUGCGUGCCGAGGCGCUGGAGGUGGGCUUCACACUGAACGAGUACUCGCUGCGGCCCAUGGGCAGCACAGGAGUGCCGGGUGAGCCAGUCCAGGUCACGACGGAGCGUGAUGUCUUCGACGCCAUCGGCAUGGACUAUCGCGAGCCGAGCGAACGUAACGUGUAGCUGGUGUGGUCGUGCGUGUCUGUCCACGUGUAUUUUUGUCCACGUGUAUUGUUUUGGGAGGCUGUCUGUUUAGCUAUGUACAUACGUGCGCGUAAUAGCCAGACUGGCUUGCGUAGCGUGUAUGUGUUUAGUCGUGGACGUUUGUUUGUCUGUGCACGUGUAUUUUGGGGGGGGGUGUCUGUUUAGUUGUAUACACACAUGCGCGUAAUAGCCAGACUGGCGUGGGGCAUUUUCUCAUAGAUAGUCAAAUUCCAGCCGGCAGAAUUUACAAUCAUCUUCAACUGUCCUGUGGCUCUACGUAUGAUGGACAUGUUCUUGUUUACGCGGCACUUCUGAGCACGCUACUGAACUUCUAAUUUGGAUUUGGAUGCGGGCGCUUUGCACGGACUGGCCUCCGGUGCGUAUUAGGUCUGGCGGUAUGUAUCUAUAUCUGCAGGAUUAUAUCUUUUACAUUGUACAUGUAGCUCAUUGUCCGUUUUACACCAGAUCUUCUCGAUAUCAAAGUGUUUUAUUCUCCGAAAUUUGUACAUGUUCUGGUUUAAUCAGGCAUAGUGGUGGCCUUCCACUAACAAAACUUCCUACAAGCUGGUUGUGCUACUACUUCUCAACACAAUUGUAUAGCCCGUUUGGUAAUGCGAAUGUGGGAACUUUACUCUUUUUUUUCAUAGAUGUAUGUACGAUUGCAUUAUCAGUUGAGAUGCUUUGGCAAAGUCGUGACACAACGAUGCACUAAAUCAAACGAAA